UGAAAGAGGAUAUAAUGAAUUACUAGCAGCUAUAAAAACAUUAAUAAACGUCCGGGCUAUUUUUCCGCAACUAUGAUCAUACCUUCAGGUAGUUUUCUGAAUUUUAAACUAAGCUUUGCUGCACCAUCAAGAUAUUUUACUGUAUGGUACUAUUAUUAUGGUAUGGUACUAUUAUAUUAUUCGUGACAUAAGUGCAAAUGAAUUAAAAUAUUAUUUACGUCUGAAGAUCCAAAUUGUGUGUUCAUCACAUUUAGAGUGUGAACUUUUCGAAACGAAAACAAAUGGAAUUUGAAGAUUUACUGCUAGAUGUCGGAGAUUGCGGGAAAUACCAAAAGCAUUUGAUUUUAAUUUUCUUAGUCCCUGCAGCUUCCUUACUUCCAUGGUUUACCAUGAACAUAAUGUUCAUGGUAUCAGUCCCUGAUCACUGGUGUUAUGUUCCAGAAGUAGCUUCGUCUAAUUUAAGCAUUUCUGCUCAAAGAUCUCUAAUUAGUCCUCCAGACGAUCCAUGUUGUCGUAUGUAUGAUAUAAAUUACACGGAGCUUUUGUCUAAUGGAAUCUACACUGUGCCUAAUGAUACAGCGACAAAACCAUGUACUCAAGGUUGGCAAUAUGAUAAAACCGACUACGAAUCAACAGUUGCUACGGAGUGGGAUCUAGUAUGCAGUGAUUAUCAUUACACAAAAUUCAUCCAAACAAUGUUUUAUGUGGGAAGCAUUCUUGGAACCCCAAUGUAUGGAGCUUUAUCUGAUAGGAUUGGUCGAAAAAUCACGUUUUUCAUAACUAUUCUUGUAACAGCUGUGUCUGCGAUAGGCUCAGUUUUAAUGAAAAAUUUCACAGCCUUCAUUGUCUUUAAAACUAUCAAUGGGAGCCUCAUGCCUUCUGUGUUUCAGCUACCAUAUAUAAUAGUUUUGGAAAUUGUGGCACCCGAGGUGAGAACUCAUAUGAAUGGCAUCACAAAUAUUGCAUGGACAGUAGGCCUUUGUUUUUUGCCUUUAAUCGCUUAUUUAGCCCGAAGCUGGGUUACGUUAGGACUUAUCACUUCAUCAGUGACUCUUGUGUAUUUACUUUAUUGGAAAAUGCUUCCAGAAUCUCCUCGUUGGCUCGUCUCCCAGGGAAAAUAUGAUGAAGCACUGGUGAUCAUGACAAAAGUUGCGGAAAAAAAUGGAAAACCUCAUGAUCCAAAAGUUCUUUCACAGAAAAUAGAGAAAUUAGGAGAGAAAUUGAAAGCAGACAAAACUCUACGCAAAAAAUUUUUAAUCAUAACUUUAUGUUGGAUAGCGGAUAUUUGUGCCUAUGAUGGUCUACAGAUAAAUGUCUAUAAUUUAGCCGGCAACGAAUUUCUCAACUUUUUCUUCAUGGCGUUGGCUGAAAUUCCCGGUUACUUAGCCAGCUGGUACUUCAUGGGACGUAUCGGAAGGCGAUGGUGUGCAGUCGGUGCUUUUUCUUUGACUGGAAUCGUCUGCAUGUUGCCUGGUAUAGGAUUGGUAAAUUCUUCGGAAGCGGCUGCUUUCAUGGUAACAUAUCAGCAAAGUUCUGAACUCUAUCCAACAGUAGUACGAUCCUUGGGAAUGGGAAUGAGCGCCACAGUUGCUUCAAUAGUUACGAUUCUUCUUCCUUAUAUUAUUUUAUUGGCUGAUUAUGGCAAGGUUAUUCCUUUUAUUAUUAUCGGAAUCAUAUGUCUGGCAGCAGGAAUUGCUGCAUCCUUCUUACCAGAGACACUCAACGAAAACUUACCUCAGACGAUUACUGAUGCUGAACGUUUUGGCCGCAAACAAAAAUUCUUUUCCUGGAACAGACGCAAAAUGUCUAUUAGCCGAGAAAGGUCGAUGAAAAUGAAGACUUCGCAGCGUAGUCACAGUGAAAAUAAUGAGGAUACUAACCUACAUUCAACAGCAACAAUUCUACAAAAUGCCGAUUUAGAAGCUAUCGCAGAUUAUGCUGAAGUUCUGAAAGAAUUAGAGAAUGAUCCAAACGAUGAAUCAGACAACAUGAGAAAGCGAAAACCUUCUGACGGUGCAAUCAAAAGCAUAAACAUUGAUGAAACGAAGUCCGCUGUUCCUAGUUCAACAACCAAUGACUACCGCUCAUGUGAAGCUUUGAAACAGCAUACUGAAUCGGAGGGAAGUCGUCGUUCUUUUUAAAAGAAAACGGCAAGGAUCUGCUUCCUAGGGAUUUGAACUGAAGACAAAUAUUACAUCAACAACGGGAGUAGAAUGAGUAAGGAUAGACAAAGAAACGACAGUCGUUCAUAAUCGAACACAGAGAAAACAAAAUAAGGAAAGAUUCCCUAGCUGGUUUAUGUGGGGAUUUACAUCAAUGCAAUGUCCAUUACCCGAUAUCUUUUUUAAUACUUUCUAACAUUUAGAAAGCGUUUAUAUUUCAGUCUUGUUUUCCAAGCUACAUAUCUCAGUAUAUUGAAAUUUAUAUGCAAGGCGAAUCUAUUUUCUUGUACGACAGCGGAAACUCGAUUAUUUGUUAGUCAUUUGACAAUGGAGCUAUGUUACUUACCAGUCCUUGAGACGUUCCAAUGGACAUUGUGAAUCCACAGAUAGCAAAGAAUAAAUACAAGUAUAAAAAUAACUACGUCGAUUGAUGUACAUGUUAUUGUAUCAGAAGCAUUUUCAGGAAUUAAAAAGCUACAGAAUUUACCCAUUAUUGUUCAUCUGAUGCAAUUAGAUGAACAAUAAUGGGUAAAAUCUGUGAUGUCUGAAUAUUUGUUCUAAAACUUAACAGAUGACUACAGAAGUUUUGACCAGUAGUUGAGUUAUCGCAUUUGGUAUUACUUGCCUUCUAAUAUGCAAGAUAGACUCAAAGGUCAUAUCGACCAAAAGCAUAAAUAUUAUUAGCCACGACUUGUGGGAAUUGCAGCUAAAGAAAUAUAAAUAAACUAAGCUAUAAGGAUUCUCGUAGCUUAUAACAACAACUGCUCGUUGGUAUGCUAAAAUUAAUAACGGAUUACGACAACGAAUCCUACGCAAGCCUACAAUAUACCAGUAUACUUAGGUCGAUAUGAAAAACUACUAAACUUGCCAAGCUGUGCAAAGUCUUCAAUAAUUCGGUUACUGUUUUACUAGAGGAAUUUACAGUAGGGCCGCAGAAUUAUGGAAUGAGCUAUAAUUAAGAUUACAGCUUAGUGUUAGGCAGUGCCUCCAGCAGUGUAACUUGCAUAAUCUUCUGGUUCCAAGUUCCGGUUCUAAAGUUUCCUGAAAAGACAAAAAACAUGGAAUAGAAUAUAACAUAACUAUCAGUAAAUAAAAUUUAAAUCAUAAAUGUCAUAAUUAUAGAAAAAUAAGAAAAAGUACUAGACUUCCCAAGUUCUUCCAACCUUUAAUACGAGGACAAUCCCCAAAAAAAGGUCUCUUAGAUUUUUAGAUAUACAAAGAACCGUUUAUUUUCUAUAAUUGCUACAUCACUUUAAAGAUUGCAGAAUGCUUUAUUUUUCAACAUAAUCGCCAUUUCGGUCGGUGC